AUGAUGUCCUCUGCCAACGAGGAGGAUCCCUUCCUCCAGGUCCAACAAGAUGUCCUAGCCCAGCUGAACUCGACCCGGCCCCUCUUCACCUCGUACCUACGCAUCCGUUCCCUCUCCACGUCCCCGACGUCCCCCGAACUCGCCUCCGCCCGUUCCGACCUCGAAUCUGCUCUCGAGUCCCUGGCAGAGGACCUCGCUGACCUCGUCGAGUCCGUCAAGGCCGUCGAGUCAGAUCCCUCCGCCUUUGGCCUCUCCGCCCAGGAAAUCAUCCGGCGCAAGCGGCUUGUUCAGGAUGUCGGCGGCGAGGUCGAAGACAUGCGCGAGGAGCUCUUUAAGAAGCUCGGCGACGUCUCCUCAUCGUCGAGGGGCAAGUCUGGCGCGGCGCGCGGCGCCAACUCGGACCUCCCUGACCCGAGCUCCUUCUCGAUCACCGACGGCGACGACGACCACGACCGCGGCGGCGAGGACUACGCGGCCGAGUUCGAGCAGCAACAGCAGCUCGAGAUGAUGCGCGAGCAGGACACCCACCUCGACGGGGUGUUUCAGACGGUAGGCAACCUGCGCCGGCAGGCCGACGACAUGGGCCGCGAGCUCGAGGAGCAGCGCGAGAUGCUCGAGGUCGUCGACAGCGUCGCCGACCGCGUUGGCGGCCGCCUGCAGACGGGCGUGCAGAAGCUGCAGUACGUCAUGCGCCGCAAUGAGGACCGCCUGAGCAGCUGCUGCAUCGCUGUGCUUAUAUUCGUCCUUAUCGUGCUGCUAGUGCUGCUGCUGAUGCUGUAA